AAAGUCUCGCCAUUUCAAAGAUCAAAGAUUGAAGCAAUUUUUAAUUUUACUUUGUUUUUCUCGUUGUUUGCUCCUAGACGUGACCAGGGUGUGUCUGGCCAGCCGGUGUCCAUCGUGGUGGAAGGAGUCCAGGUGACUCUGCCUUCGUACGAGGAGGCAGUGAGCCAUAGAAGCACCUCCUCCUCCUCAGCCCCCGGCUCCGAGUCCCGGGUCCAGAUAGUGCUGUCCGAGGGUCAACACGCCACAUCGCCGGAGGCUGGCCCCUCUCGGCCUUCGUCCCUCAAGCAGCAGCAUUCAGAGAUGGCCGUGGUCCACCCUGCACCACCACCAUCAUCCGCCUCCUCACCCUCACCCUCACCCUCCUGGGUUUUAGAGCAUGCAGACACUUCGUCUCCUUCAUACUCUCAUCGGCGGACGUCAGCAGACAGCGACCAGCACUGCCUCUCUCUGGACUUUGAAGCAGACUUCCCUGAUG